AUGGACCCACCCAAAGCAGAGGCCAUCUUCAAUGAACGCUUCGUCAAGAUCAUUUGCGUUGGUGCUGGCGUUUCUGGGCUUUGCUUGGCAUAUAAACUGAGGAGGUCAUUUCACAACUAUUCAUUGACUAUAUAUGAGAAGAACUCACAAGUCGGAGGCACUUGGUAUGAGAAUACCUACCCCGGCUGCGCCUGCGAUGUCCCCUCGCAUAAUUACACAUAUUCCUUCGAGCCAAAAGCGGAUUUCUCGUCUGUUCUUGCUAGCUCAGACGAGAUCCAGGAAUAUUUUGAGGGCUUUGCUGUGAAGUAUGACCUUCUCAAACAUAUCAAGACUGAGCAGCAAGUUGUUGAGACUUCUUGGGACCAACCGAAAGGCCAGUGGAACGUCAGAGUUACUGAUUUGAAGUCCGAAACGGUGGCCGAAGACUGGUGUCAUAUUCUAAUUCAUGCGACCGGAUACUUAAACAAGCCAGCGUGGCCAUCUGUGUCCGGACUCGAGAAGUUCAAGGGACCCAAACUUCACAGCGCCAAGUGGGAUAACAGUGUAUCCCUUGACGGCAAAGAUAUUCUUUUGAUAGGGUCCGGCGCAUCAAGUGUCCAGAUUCUACCCACGAUACAGCCUCGUGUCAAGUCUGCGAAGGUCUUUGUUCGGACACCUCGAUGGACUCUACCCUCUGUCAACUCAAAGAAGGGCAAGUUCUCUCUGGAGGAGAUUGAGAAGUUCGUUAGUGAUCCAGAGUCGGUCAUGAAGCUUCGGCUGGAAAAUGAGCGAACGCUCAACAGCUUCUUCACAAUGUACAUGAAAGGAACAAUCCUUCAGAAGCAAGCUCGUGAGCAUUUGGAGAGUGAGAUGAAGAAGGUAGUCAUUGAUGAAGAGGUCCAAAAGAAGCUUGUACCUGACUUUCCAGUGGGAUGCAAACGGAUCCUCCCUUCUGGUGAUCAGUUUCUAUAUGCGAUCAAGAAUGACAACGUCCAAGCGAUUUACUCUGGUGUCAAAGAAAUUACAGAGACAGGCUGUAUAAGUGAUGAUGGGCAACACUACGAAGGCGAUGCCAUCAUUGCAGCCACUGGCUUCGACACAUCCUUCAUCCCUCGGUAUCCAAUCCAUUUCAAAGGGCACAACCUUCAAGAAGAUUGGAGUACUUCUAUUACAGGCUACAUGGGAGUCGGCAUCUCCGAGUGUCCCAACUCAUUCACCCUCGCAGGCCCAUGGUCACCAAUCUCAAACGGCCCCGUCAUUGCUCCCAUAGAAGCUCAAGCGGACUUUGUCUGUGCUUUUAUCGACAAGUACCAAACUGAACCUGGUAUGCAUAGUAUGAGCCUGAAGGCAGCAGCAUGCUAUGAUUUCAAGAGCUACAUGGCGCGAGUUACUAAGAAGAUGGUAUGGUCUGACAACUGCCGGCACUCACAUAACAUCAAGCCGAACUGGGGUCAGUCUUCGAUUACGUGGCCGGGGUCUACUCUGCACUACUUGGAGGCUAUGCGAGAACCUCGCUUUGAAGAUUAUGACUUUGAGUAUAGUGGGAACAGGUUCGCGUGGCUGGGUAAUGGGCUAUCUCAGACUGAGUGGGAUCCUACGGCUGACUUGGCAUAUUAUGUCAGAGAUGAGGAUGAUGGAAGGCAUUUGAGUAGAGGCGCAAGGACAAAAGUCAUUUCAAAGAGUGGAAGCCAGCCGCCGAGAGAGCUUCAUCGCCAGGCUAAGCUUGCAGCCAAGAGCUAG